CAAAAUGGUCAGUUGACUUGUUUAGGAGUUAUUGCCCUUUAUAGUCAAUUUUUAACCAUUUUUCGUAAAUUAAAGUAAUCUUUUACAAAAAUCUUCUCCUCUGAAACUACUUGGCCAAAUUAAUCCAAACUUGGCCACAAUCAUCUUUGGGGUAUCUAGUUUAAAAAAUGUGUGGCGUGACCUGGUCAACCAACCAAGAUGGCUGCCACCGCUAAAAAUAGAACAUAGGGGUAAAAUGCAGUUUUUGGCUUAUAACUCAAAAACCAAAGCCUUUUGAGGAAAUCUGACAUGGGAUAAAAAUGUUUAUCAGGUCAAGAACUAUCUGCCCUGAAAUUUUCAGAUGAAUCGGUCAAUCGGUUGUUGGGUUGCUGCCCCUGAAUUGGUAAUUUUGAGGAAAUUUUGCUGUUUUUGGUUAUUAUCUUGAAUAUUAUUAUAGAUAGAGAUAAAUUGUAAACAGCAAUAAUGUUCAGCAAAGUAAGAUCUACAAAUAAGUCAACAUGACCAAAAUGGUCAGUUGACCCCUUUAGGAGUUAUUGCCCUUUAUAGUCAAUCUUUAACCAUUUUUCAUAAAUCUAAGUAAUCUUUUACAAAAUCUCCACUGAAACUACUAGGCCACAAUCAUCUUUGGGGUAUCUAGUUUGAAAAAUGUGUCCGAUGACCUGGCCAUUCAACCAAGAUGGCCGCCACGGCUAAAAUAGAACAUAGGGGUAAAAUGCAGUUUUUUGCUUAUAACUAUGAAACCAAAGCAUCUAGAGCAAAUCUGACAAGAAGAUAAAUUGUUAAUCAAGUCAAUAUCUAUCUGCCCUGAAUUUUUCAGAUGAAUUGGACAACUGGUUGUUGGGUUGCUGCCCUUCAAUUGGUAAUUUUUAAAGAAAUUUUGCCGUUUUUGGUUAUCUUGAAUACUAUUAUAGAUAGCGAUAAACUGUAAACAGCAAUAAUGUUCAGCAAAGUAAGAUCUACAAAUAAGUCAACAUGACCUAAAUGGUCAAUUGACCCCUUAAGGAGUUAUUGCCCUUUAUAGUCAAUUUUUAACAAUUUUCAUUAAUUUGGUAAAUUUAUGUAAAUUUUUACCAAAUAUAGUUCUCUGUUACUAAUGGGCAAAGUUCAUGAUAGAUAUAAUUGUAAGAAGCAAAAUCGUUCAGUAAAGUAAGAACUUCAAACACAUCACCAUCACCAAAAUACAAUUUUGUCAUGAAUCCAUUUGUGUCCUUUGUUUAAUAUGCACAUAGACCAAGGUGAGCGACACAGGCUCUUUAGAGCCUCUAGUUAUAGAUAGAGAUAAACUGUAAACAGCAAUAAUGUACAGCAAUUUAGACUCAAAAAUAAGUCAAAAAGACCAAAAUGGUCAAUUUGUCACGGAAUAGAAGUUCCUUCAUAAUGUAAAUUCCAAAUGGAAAAAAUAUUUUGGAAUAUAACUUCCACAGGAAUAAAUAUUACAGUAGAUGUUCCUUAAGGAAUAAAUAGUAUAGAAUAUUUAUUCCAUCAGGUACAGGUAUUAUGCCAUUGUUUAUAAUAAAGUUUCCGCUGGAACUUCUGUUAGGUGGAACAAAUAUAUGUUGACAAAUUGACCCCCUAAGAAGUUAUUGUCCUUUAUGAUCAAUUUUUAACAAUUUUCAUAAAAUUUGUAAAUUAUUUUACUAACAUUUUCCACUGAAACUACAUGGACAAGUUCAUUAUAGAUAGAGAUAAUUGUAAGCAGCAAGAAUGUUCAGUAAAGUAAGAUGUACAAACACAUCACAAUCACCUGAACACAAUUUUGUCAUGAACUGUCUGCUUCCUUUGUUUAAUUCAUAUAUACCAAGGUGAGCGACACAGGCUCUUUAGAGCCUCUAGUUUCAUUUACAUCUAAUACAUCUAAAUCAACAUUGUCUGUUGUGGAAUCCCUUGUCAGUAAGUGCCAAAAUUAUUUUGGUGUCAACUUCCUUUUACCUCUUUAAUGCGAACACCUGUGAAAACCAAACAAAACGCAGUCUUGUGGAUGUUCAGUUUGGGCAGGUGUCACUGUAACGGGUAUAUAUAAAAAAAGAUGUAGUUUGAUUGCCAAUGAGACAACUCUCCACAAGAGACCAAAAUGACACAAAGAUUAACAAUUAUAGGUAACUGUACAGCCUUCAAAAAUGAGCAAAGCCCAUACUGCAUAAUCAGCUAUAAAAGGCCCCGAAAUGAAAAUUUAAAGCAAUUCAAACCAGAAAACUUACGGCCUUAUCUAUAUAAAAGAAAUCAAUGAAAAGCAAUAAUUAUGUAACACAUAAACAAACGACAACCACCGAGUAAAUGGCUCCCGACUUGGGACAAGCACAUUCAUACAUAAUGUGGCAGGGUUAUAAACAUGUAAGUGGGAUCCCAACCUCCCUAAUCUGGGACAGUGGUAUAACAGUACAACAUAAGAACGAACUAUAAAAAUCAGUUGAAAAAGGCUUUACUCAUCAGAUGGACAAAAAUACAAGCAAGUUCUUUAUUUCAGAAAUAUGUUUAAAUGUCAAUAUGAAUUACAAUGUAUGUUGAUUUCAUAUUCAGAAUAGAAGAAAUAGAUAUAAAUCAGGAUGAUUUAAAAAAUAGAUAUGAACAAACUAUUAAAGAAUUAGAAGAAAAACUUAGGAAAGCACAGGAUGUGAUGUCUGAGCAGUCUAAGGCAACAGCAGCCAAUGCAGAGGCUCUGAAUAAUCUACUGAAGAAACUGAAGUCUAAGGACGAGGACAUACAAGAGUUGAUGGAGAGAUCUAAUAAAGAAAUGUCAGAUCUCCAUAACAAACUUCAACAGUUACAAGCAGAACUUAAUAGAAAACAACUAAGUUCAAAGAGUUCAGAAGACCAACUUAUUGAUAUUGAACAGGAUCACAGACAGGGCAUAGACAAACUUGCUGGAGCACUUAAGGAUAAGGACAAAACUAUUGAGACCUUGGUAGAAAGUUGGCAGGAAAAAGACAAACUAAUCAAAAGAUUACAGCAGGUAACUGCAGCUUCACGUGGAACUAUAAUGGAUAAUAACAGGCUUAGAGAUGAGGCCGAUGAACUUAGGAAUCAUUUAGCUAAGAAAAAAGAUGAAAUUAGCGAAUUAAAGCUUCAGUUAGACAGAGAUGGAUCAAGGAGUCUCAAAGCAGGAUUUCAUGUAGCCUUAGAGGAACUGAAACUUCAAUUGGCAGUUAAAACAGAGGCUCUUAAAGCUGCUAAACAAACAGAAGAAGACUUCAGGGAACAAAUUAAUUCUUUACGAAAGCAACUUGAAUCGGCUCACCAGAGUAUGAAAGAAGUACACACAACAGAAAAACAAGUGUACUACAUGAGAGACAACUCUGAUGGAAAUGGACAUUCUGACCAGUACCAGGACUUCAUACAAAGAGAAUUGAAUGAGUUGCAAAGGAUUCAGGAAGCUGAGAAACAAAUUCUGUUGGAUCUAAAGGAAAAAUCAAUGUUUGAGAAAUCACACAAUAUAGAGGCUGAAUUAGCUGCAAUACAGACACUGAAAAGAGAAUUAGAAGCUGGAAUUCAGAGGAAUAAUAAACUACAGCAGCAAUUGGAACAACAGAAAUCCAGGUCACCCAGGAAAGGAUCCAAGGAUAGUUCACAGGAUGACCAUUUUGACAUGGAAAGAAGAUUCAGUGACCAGUCCAGUGAUACUGCUAAUACUUCUGACUCCAGACGGUCAAGUGACACCACUCCACGUAAUCAAGAUAUUGAAGUUCCACAACAUUCCUACUCUUGGCCAUUGGUCCAAAAUAAAAAGCCACAGCUUCUGAAAACCUGGUCGCCAUCAUCAACAGAUUCUGAUAUUCCUUUGAAUCAUCAGAGCUUGUCAGAAAAGUCUGCACCUAUGUUGAGAAAGUUUAUUCGUCAAAUGAAAAAUCAGUUUGACAAAGCUGGGAAAGAAAAUGAUGAAUUACGCCGUAAAGUAGAUGGUUUUGAUAGUCGAGAGAUUCCAGGUAGAAAUGAUAGUGAUGUAAGUAGUUUACCCAUAAUGCAUUUGGAAAUAGAAAGACUGACACAGGAAUUAAGUGUGAAAAGUGAAGAAAUCAGGAAACUCAAAUCGAGCAUAGGCUUUGCUGUUGAUAGUAUGGACUCGAAUGAUGUACCAAAUUUAACAGACUUGCAAAAUGAAAACUUGAAAUUGAAAGUACAACUUGGUAAUCUUGAAGAAUUGAAUAUUCUUCUUAAAAAGCAGAUUGCUUUAAAUUCACAAAGUGCUAGUCCAGAUAUUCUCAAAAGUCUUUUGAUGGAAGCUAGAGGCAGAUUGCAAGCCCUAGAGGGCAAACUAGAAGCUACUGAGGGCACUGUUAGACUAGCUAGAGGCAGAUUGCAAGCCCUAAAGGGCACACUAGAAGCUACUGAGGGCACUGUUAGACUUCAGACCAAAAAGAUGAAAUAUUAUCGUAACUUAUUAGAAGAAAAUGGACUAGUAUUUAAGAGUCCUCUAGGAAUUGGCUCAAACAGUGAAUCAAACAUUGUCAUGGCUCUUGGAGGUAGAAACUUGUGUAAGAAUAACCAGACUCUUUCUUUCGAUAACAUUCCUGAAUUACUGGUGGACUCACAGACAGAAUCUUCAGAGUCUGAUUUCUCAGAAAAAUACAAAAGUUACGGAAAUACAAAUAAUGUUUCUGAGUUGAAGGACCAGGUCAGACAAUUGAAGAUAGCCAUGGAUAAAUAUAAAGCUGUAAUAAAAUCAAAUAUGUCACAGGAUGCCUUAGACAACCAUGCCAGAGUUCUGAGGGAGAAAGACAGCAUGAUUAAAAGACUUCAAACUAGUUUGGCAGAGAAAGAGAGAAAUCUUGAGACUUCACAGUGGAUUGGCAAUUCCAGUAACGAAGAGUUAAAUAGAUUAAAGAAACAGUUGAAGGAGAAAGAUGAUUUAUUGCAGGAUGUGAUGUCUGAGCAGUCUAAGGCAACAGCAGCCAAUGCAGAGGCUCUGAAUAAUCUACUGAAGAAACUGAAGUCUAAGGACGAGGACAUACGAAAGUUGAUGGAGAGAUCUAAUAAAGAAAUGUCAGAUCUCCAUAACAAACCUCAACAGUUACAAGCAGAACUUAAUAGAAAACAACUAAGUUCAAAGAAAUAUUAG